AUGAAUAAUUGUUCAAACAAAAGGAAUGUAAUAUUUAAACCAACAUUGCCAAGAUUAAAAAUUAUUCAAUAAAAAAGAUAGAUAUUAAGUUCUCCUCAAAAAACUAAAUUUAAUGAUGAAAAAAAAUUAGAAUAAAUAGUUGAGAAGAGAAACUUUUAAAAACAAUUGGUUGAUUUAGUCAUACCAAUACAUGAUGAUGCAUAAUCAAGUAUUAUUAAUUAAGAAUUCUCCAAGAAUGAUUUAUUGAAACAUUAUAAGCAACUCCCAUCCAAACCCACAUUAUUGUUUGAAUAAGCAAUGAAAGGAUUACAUCCUCUUUAAUAAUAGGAAUAUAGAAAUAAAGAACUUAAAAAAUUGGAUAAAAAAGUGUAACAAUUAAAUGAAAGAAAUCCAUUAUAAGAAUCAUGGAAAUCUCCAUUUCUAUCAUAACCAAGAUUAUAUAAAUCAUCUGAAGAAGUUGAUUUGAGUGCAUCUUAAGAAAUUGAUCCUAAUGUAUAAAAUGUAGUAGUAUUAAAUGAAAAUUUAAGAGGAUUUGGUUCUAGAUUGAGAUCAUAUUUAGAUUAUGAUAAAAAUACUGUAUUUGAGAGAUAGAAAGGGAAUCCUAAAUAUUUGUAUAGAGAUAAUAUGAUAAGAAUGAUAAAGAACAAUACUACAAAACAAUUGGAUUUGGUUAAGGAAUGGAAUAUAUUGAUAAAUAAUGAUAAAUUAGUAUCUCAUGCUUAACUUCAGAAACCAGAAAUUAGAAUGUAAUAAUUUGGAACUAUUUCAUCAAUAAGUCAUUAUUAUAGUAUACAAGAUUUCCACAAAAAGAAAAUGGGUUAAAGUUUAACUUAAUAAACACCAAAUUCUUAGAUAUCUCCAUAAUUUGUAGUAAAGAAUUCAAGAUAAAGUAAUUCAUCAGAACCAAUUGAUUUUGGAAAAUCAAAUUAAGUUUUAUUGGAUGUUUCUGAAGUAGAGAAAGGAUAAGAUGAUGUUUCAAUUCAUAAAGAUACAUUUUUGACAUAUUGUUAAGUAUUUUGGGAUUUGAUACGUAAAGAGGAUGAAAUAGUAGAAAGAGUAGUAUGGGCAUUUUGUAAAGGAGAUUUAUUUACAUUUAGUGGAUUUAAACAUUUUUAUAAAUUGAUAGUAUUUUAAGAGGGAACAUUUGAGGAUUAUAUCAAAUUUACUUAUGAUUUCUUUUUAGCUUCAGAUCGUAAUGAAAUACCAUUUACAGAAAUAUAGGGAUUGUUAAGAUUAUUGGCAUCAAGAAUAGAUGGAAAGGAUCAUGUAUUAAGUGAUUAAAUAUUAAUGGAUAUAGUGAGUUAAAUACAUAGGUAAAAUGAUUAUGAAUAAUUAUUAUAAUAGACCUUAAGUGAUAUCUAAAGAAACAUUGUAACAAUUGAUUUUUGAA